AUGGUGGAUAAUGAACAGAACCAAGAUAUCAAUGAUAUUUUCGAUGAUAUUUUUUUUGCUGAAGAAAAAAUUGUAGAGAAAAGUUUCGAGGAAGGCUAUAAAAUAGGAAUAGAACAAGAAAAUGUUGAAGCCUAUCACUUGGGCUAUCAUCGUGGAGCAGAAAUAGGUGCAGAAUUAGGGUAUUAUUCUAGUUUUAUAGAAUAUUAUCAAAAUUUCUCCAAAGAGAAGGGAAUUGAUGUAACAGAUAGAGUAUUGAAAACUAUUAUCACUAUUCAAGAAUUAAUAGGAAAAUUCCCUGAAGACAAUGAUGAAAAUACUGAUCUGAAGGAAUCUUUGAAUAAUAUCAGAGUAAAAUUCAAGUUAUUAUGCUCAUUAUUGAAAGUUAAUGGAAAUUUUUCAGAAGGAGAAAGCUUAGCAUUCUGA